AUGUCUGAAUCAGCGGAUUUUGUAACUGCAUUUGAAUUGACUGAGAAUGCUGUUUCUCCUCGUACCGCACAACUUAAAUUUCAACAGCCUGACGUAUCAAGCUCUCCUGGAACGACUCAAGUGAGAGUUAAAAAACCACCGUAUCCCCUAAUAAUUCCUACCCCUCAAUCCACCAUGUCUGGAAGCAGGAUAAAACUUAAUGCUCCUUCACGAACUACAAAAACCGCUCAAAAACUAGUUUUACUUCCUGAAGAAGCCGAUGUACCACCUAGUGAGCUUUCUGACUAUGCUGAAACGCCUGUCACUCCUUUAGUUCCACACCCUCCAGUUAAUAAUGUUUAUGAUUCUACCGAUGCUGAAAGAAUGCCCAAAGAAAGUAGAGAAAUCAACAAAUAUCCUAGGGCAACUGCUUAUUGUACGGCUGAAGGUUAUUAUCUUAAAAAGUUGAUGAGAUUUUUGAGAGAAGAGCACAAUGUUCAACCAAUGUUAUAUGAUGAAUGUGUAUAUGCUCCUUACCAUUUUCCAUUGUUGAGAGGUAGAACUACAAAUAUUUCUUCUUCCACUGCAGUACAUUCUCCAAAUGGACAUUCUUUUAUGGAAAGGCAGAUAGAAAAUUUCGAAAAUAAUGAAGUAAAUUCUUAUUUUGUAAUGUCUGAAAAUGAAGAUGGUUAUGAUAAUGUUGGAAUAAGUGAUCCUUUACCAAAACCUACUCAAAAUACUCUCACAAAUAUUGGUGAAGUUUUUUAUUUUGAUUAUGGUGUAGUUGUAUUUUGGAAUAUGACUGAAGAUCAAGAACAAAUGAUUCUUGAUGAUCUUGCUAUGUCAAAUGUCUCGGUUCGUUUAUUAAAAGAUGAUGAUGUUGAGUGUGAGACUUUUCAUUUUCAAUAUGAUCUUAAUUCCACCAGACAACCUAGAAUUUUCAAUGAUAUGAUUACUUUAAAGUCUGAUAAUCAUAUGAUUAAAUUAACUAUCAGUCAUGCUAUGAGUCAAAGUACAAAAUUGACUUUAUAUGAAUGGCAAAUGGAAAAUACUAUCGAUAGGACAAAACAUAUACCAAAAAUGUUGGCUCAAACUGGCCGUUUGGAUUUGAAUCGAACUCAAGUCACAAAGUUAAGCGGUGAAAUGUUUAAAUUACGAAUGAAUGUUAACUUGGUAUCCAAUGUUUUAGAUACUCCUGAAAUAUUUUGGUCAGAGCCGUCUUUGGAUCCACUGUAUAGUGCUAUUAGAGCAUAUCUUGAAAUUUCUCAACGGGCUAAACUCCUUAAUGACCGAUGUAAAGUCAUUAGCGAUUUAUUGGAUAUGUUGCGUGAAGAUGUUGGUAGUUACAAUAUGACACGCAUUACGUGGAUUAUAAUCUGGUUGAUUGUUGUGGCUGUUUUUGUAGCUAUU